UUUCCAGGUGGCCGCGCAUCGCGGAGGAGGCCGUGCCAGAUGACAGGGUAGAGGAUGGUCGGGCUGGCUGGGCUCGGGACGCUGCGGCGCCGGCACGGCCUGCUGGGCCUCGUCGUGCUGGCCGCCUUCAUGUCCUGCAGCAUGAUGGUGCUCGUCUCUGGGCCGGACCUGAGCUCGGAGCAGGCGCUCGUCCGGCGGGUGGCGGAGCUGCAGGCGCGCUCGCAGCACCUCGACGCGCUGUACCGCUCGCGCAUCGCCGACAUGCGGGGCCUGUCCCAGCACCUCGGCCACCUCGUGUCCUCCGUCAACCGGUCGGGGUCGCUCAGCGUUGAGACGCAACAACUGAUGCGGAACCUGAGCGCCCUCCGGCUGAACCUGGACGACCCGGGCAACCAGCCGCUGCAGCUGCCCAACGCGUACCACUUCAUGCCGCACCUGCUGGACGGCCCGGCGGGCCCGGGCAGCUCGGCCUCGCUGCGGCCCGCCUUCUGCAUGUGCAGCGCGCGCCGCAGCGGGGUGUCCAUGGUGCUGGGCGUGCCCACGGUGCGGCGGCAGGUGCAGAGCUACCUGCUGGCCACGCUCGACAACCUGGUCAACUCCAUGACCCCCGAGGAGAGCAACGACACCCUCAUCGUCGUGUUUGUCGCGGAGACCGACUUGGAGUACGUGAAGCAGGUCGCUGCCCAGAUCAAGGACCAGUUCGAGAGCGAGGUGCAGGCCGGGCUGAUCGAGCUCAUCUCACCGCCCGUGUCGUACUACCCCGACCUGAACAACCUCCGCCUCACGCUGGGCGACUCGAUGGAGCGGGUGCGCUGGCGGACCAAGCAGAACCUCGACUUCGCCUUCCUCAUGAUGUACUCGCAGCCCAGGGCCACGUUCUACGUCCAGCUGGAGGACGACAUCCUGGCCAAGAAGAACUUUAUCUCGACCAUGAAAAACUUCGCCCUCGAGAAAACGGCGCAGCGCGAGCCGUGGUUUGUGCUCGAGUUCUGCCAACUCGGCUUCAUCGGGAAGAUGUUCAAGUGUGUGGAACUCCCUUGGCUGGUUCAGUUCUUCCUGAUGUUCUACAAUGACAAGCCCGUAGAUUGGCUACUGGACCAUGUUAUUUUCACAAAAGUUUGUAGCCCUGAGAAAGAUCAGAAACACUGCAAAAAGGCUAAGUCAGAACUCUGGAUACAAUAUAAACCAUCUCUGUUCCAACACAUUGGAACUCACUCCUCAUUACGUGGAAAAGUUCAAAAGCUAAAGGAUAAACAAUUUGGUAAGGUGGCUUUAUUUCACCCCCAUUGGAACCCACCAGCAGCUGUUGAAUCUGAUAUCAAACCUUACAAGCAGUAUAAUUUGCAGAAAGCUUACUUAGGAGAAACCUUUUUUUGGGGUCUAUUACCCCAGCCGGGUGAUACCCUGACUUUUCGCUUUCAUUCGCCAAUUUUCAUAAAAAGAUUCUUAUUCAGAAGUGGAAAUGCAGAGCAUCCUUCUGAUCGACUUUAUAACACAUCUGUUGAAGUGAGACCAGCAAAGGUCAAACAUUUGGAACCUGGUCUUGGAUUCAAUGUUACGCAUGAUGGAUUUGUAGUAGUAGGGCAAUUUGAUGGCAUGGGAGUUUGUGAAGGUAAUGUUGAUUUCACAUUAGGGCCCAUCUCUGUCUUACGUAUUUACAUUCACUCUGAGAGUGAUAAGUGGGCUAUUCUUAGUGAGAUUCUUAUUGAAGCAGACAAUGGCAGAUGACAUUUAAGUUCAAACACACCUCACAAAGAUCGAAAACAUUUUUACAGAGUUUCAAGAGGUCGUGUUUGAUCAUGUGAAUCAGAAAUAUUCUUGUUAGGUCACUGUUUUAAUGAACAUAAUGAAUCAAUUGAUUAAUAAGGAUAAAAAUGUAUAAGACUGUGGAGCUGGAUUAUUUCUAAAUCCUCCAGUAAUUUGUGAGCUGACAGAUAAUGCCUAAUCCUUCUGUAAAGGGACCUCUUAAACAUCUGAAAAAUGGUCACGCGUUUGAAAAUUUAAAUUCAACUCUUUACUUUUACUGUCUGAUUGCUGCUGCCAAACAGGUGCUCUUUAACUUCAACUUAGAAUUUUUAUGCUAAAAAUAUUGAUUGAAACAGAUGAAAGUGGAGAUGCACUACAUUGUGCAAUGAAUUAUUCUAUUUUUAUGUAGAAUUAUCAUGAAGAGCCGAUGCUAGCUCAAAUUCUGGCCAUGGAAUUGUGCCAUACUUAAUACUACUGUGAUAUCCAGUCAGAAUGGAUUGGACAAAUUGGUUCUGUGCUUUUUGUUAACCCUGUAUUUUUUAACUAUUUUGAAUUUUUGUUCAGUUAUUUGAUUUUGUUUCAAUUUUGUUCUACAUAUCUGAUUUUUUGGUUUAAAUGUUUCUUGUUCUGGAAUUGGCAGGGUAUAUUUCUUAAGAUUCUGUACAUCAAUUGGAGUAGUGAAGGAAGGGUUAUUAAAGGAGAAAAAUCUUUAUUUAUUCUUCUUGAAAAGAGAGGGAAGUCUUUUUAUCCUAUGUGGUUGUGUUUUAGAUCAUUUGAAAGGUGCAUUUUGAUAUUAUAAGUUCAUAUACAUGUACAGUCAUAUCAUGUAUCUAAAUGCUGUAUGUGUUGUAAAACAAACAUUUGAUGCAGGAGAAGUUGAAAGAGUAUCACCUGUUUUAAUUUUAUAUUGUUUAAAAUUUUUGUAAGUGUGUGUGAUUUUUGCUACUCCGUUAUAUAUGAUGAAAUGUUGUGAAUAUUGCCCCCUUGCCUGUUGUGCUUCCUUAUCAAAUAAAUGCCAAACCUAUUAUUGUUGAGGUAUCAUGGUUUUCUUCAUUCUGGCUGGUACUGAGUGUAGAACUUUUUACGUUGAUGUGGAUCUAUAUUUGAAUUUUUAUUACAGUUCAUUUCAAACUCAAAUAUUUUUGGUGGCUUUACUACCCCUCCUAUUUUCUGUAUGUGGGACCACAAACUUAUAUGUGGUGAAAUUGUAUUCUAAAAUAGCUUCCAAGCGGCUUGUCUCUCUUGCAAUUCUGAGGAAACAUUAAAUAUUCUGUGCCAUACUUUUUGAUCAAAAGGCAAACCCCAUUCAGGAACCCACCAGGAAUUACAGAAACACAUGAUAUUUUGUGUUCAGUUGUCUACUUAAUUAUUUUAAAAAUUCUGUUUAAUUUAUAUUUGCCAUGCUGUUUAUGUUGAAAUCACUGUUGUGUUAAAGGUGUUGAAAGCAAUUUUCUGUAGUGAGAGGCAAGUGUCAUGUUUUUCAAUUGAUUUUUUGUCUAUUAUCGGCUGUGAUGUUGAUUCUCUUCAACCUCUUACUGUUAUGAAAAAUAUGAGGAAGGAGAAGUGUUCAAACAAAAAGCGUGUUCAUUAAUCGUAUUUCAAGUUUUUUGCUGGAAAGGGAAUACCACAUAAAGAACAAAAUAUUAAAUAAUGGUUUAUAAGCUUUCAACUCAUUGAAAGCUGACAUACUCCAAUAACGGAAAACAACAAACAACUAAGAAAUAACAAUAAACAAGAACAACAAAAAACUUAAAAAUAUGUAUUGGAAAGUCUCCAAUUAAAAUUAUGUAUGUACAAGAUUGUUUGUACUAUCCCGUAUUGUUAUGAUGAUUUAGCUGAUUUUGGCGAAUUUAUCUUUUCCUAGUUUGGUAGAUUGAAAAACUAUCAAGGCUGUCUGGAAAACUCUAUCAUCUUUACGAACAUGUGUGUUAAAAGAUAAUUUAAUUUUUGUGUGUGAAGUAGAAAAUGGACCAAAUUACAUAGAUGUAAAUAAAUCUAUCUUCUUAA